UUGUCAUUAGCCAAUUAACUUCUUUCUUCAAAUUGCUUAUACUUUCUGAUUCCCUGCGUUGACUUUCUUCAGACAAGUUUAAUCCUAAACUUUAAGAUCUUGAGAAUGCAAACAUGGGAAGAGGAAAAGAAAAUGAAGGAGAAACACAAAAAUUAUUGCAGCUAUCAUCUGUUGUGCUUCGCGAGGAUAUUGUAAAUCUUCUUGAUUUCAUAGAGAGGUUAAAGAAUGAAGAAGAUCAAAUUGUUCUUGAUACGGAUCAAAUUGAAAACCUGAAAUUGGAGCUGACAUUUUUGUCGGCAUGUUUACAGCUUUGUUAUUACAAUUCCGAUGGUUCUAAAGCCAAAAUGUCUUGCAUAUCAUAUGAGAUUCAUGAUCUAGUUCAGUCACUUUUUCAUCAGAGUGGAGAUGAUAUGCUGGUUAAAUUAAAGGAUCAUGUCGUUCCUUGCCUCCUUGAAAAUAUCAAAACUUCUAUCACCUCAGAUCAUCAUUCUGAAUCAAGCGCCACCAUGACUGAGGAUCAGUUGGUUGAACUUUUGGACGCGCUCCUUGUGAAUCUCCAUUAUCUACCCAAGGUUCGUGCUGAGUUGCUUUGGCCAUCAAUGACUCAAUAUGAGCUUCUUCAGAAUGUAUUUGGCACUUUAAGAGAUUUCCAUGGGCUCAAAGUAAAUGGUUGCAUUGAGCAUGAGGCAAUUGAAUAUGUCUUACCGCAGAUUCAACUUAUGGCUGAGAGAGUAGGACACUUCUGUUUUGCCCUUUUGUCUUAUCAACUUAAGACAGAUGAAAAAGACGAAGAAGAUGAAGAUGAAACAGAUGAAGAAGAUAAAGAUGAAACAGAUGAAGAAGACGAAGAUGAAGAUGAAACAGAUGAAGAAGACGAAGAUGAAACAGCUGAAGAAGACGAAGAUGAAACAGAUGAAAAAGAUGAAGAUCAAGUCAAUUCCAUGCUAGUUCGUCUACUUUUGAAGAUAAUUCCGGUUUCACUGGAGGUUAUGCAAAUAUGUUCUACAAUGUUGGAAGCUUCAAAGUCGGCAGAACUUGGAUGCUUCAUUAAGAAGCUCCUAGAAGCAUCUCCAGACAUUCUUAGAGAACAUCUGAUUCACCUACAACAGCACAUGGUUAAUGCUAUACCUUGUAGCACUUCAGCAUUCAGCAUUCAUGUCUUGAUAGAGUUCCUAUUGCUUUUUCUUACAGAUAUGCCGCAGGACUUUAUUCAUUACGAAAAAUUAUUUGUUCUAUUGGCACGUGUUGGAGCACUUAUCAGGGAGGUGUCAAUUCUCAUUCGCAACUUAGAAGAGAACUCAACGGAUGAAGAGAAUAUGAACAAAAUAAGUUGUGCAAGUCGAGACUUGCUGGAAAAUAUUGAACUUCUGAAGGAAGAUCUCAAGAAUGUUUUCUUGAUAGUCCCUGCAGACUCAUCUCAGCUCUGCUUCCCCAUGAGUGAUGGGCCGCUUUUCAUGACUCUUCUACUCAGAAACUUAAAUGACUUGCUCAAUUCCAAUGCUUAUUCAGUGGCUUUGAUAAAAGAUGAAAUUGGUUGGGUGAAAGAAGACUUAGAACACAUAAGAUCGUUCUUCGGGAAUGUGGAGCAAGAAUUGCAUAGAGAUCUUUGGACUAGUAUUCUAGAUGUGGCUUAUAAGGCGGAACAUGCCAUUAACUCAAUUCUUGCCAGAGAUCAUGGUCUCUUGCAGCUUAUUUUCUUACUUCCUGAUGCCAUAGAGAAGAUCAAGCUUGUCAAAAAAGAGGUACAAGAAAAGAUCUCCAAGAACACGAGUAUCAUUUUUGUAGACUCUCCCAACAAGCCAGUUAUAAACAAGUCGUCAAUAGCUGGUAAAAUAGUUGUAGGAUUUGAGGAGGAGACAGAGUGGAUAAUCAGGAAGCUCACCAGCGGACCAGCUGAGGUAGAUGUCAUUUCCAUAGUCGGCAUGCCAGGGCUUGGAAAAACUACUUUGGCUUACAAAGUAUAUAAUGAAAAGUCUGUUGUUGGUCAUUUUGACAUUCUUGCUUGGUGCACAGUCGACCAGGAACGUAAUGAGAAAAAGUUGUUGCAGAAAAUUUUCAAUCAAGUUAUGGGUUUGAAAGAAAGAUUCAAUGAGGAUGACAUAGACGAUGACGUUGCUGAUAAGUUACGGAAAGAACUGUUUGGAAAGAGGUACCUUGUUGUCUUGGAUGACAUGUGGGAUACUGCAACAUGGGAUGAGCUAACAAGACCAUUGUACGCCAUUCCAUCUGAAUUUCAGAAAGGGAGCAGAGUUAUUUUAACAAGCCGAAAAAAGGAAGUAGCUUUGCAUGGAAAAUGCCACAGUGAUCCUCUCGAUCUUCGAUUGCUAAGACCUGAAGAAAGUUGGGAGUUAUUAGAGAAAAGGGUAUUCGGAGAAGAAAGUUGCCCUGAUGAACUAAGAGAUGUUGGAGAAAAAAUAUCCCAAAAGUGUGAUGGGCUUCCUUUGGUACUUGAUUUGAUCAGUGGAGUCAUGUCAAGGAAGGCAAAGAAAGAGGUUUUGUGGCUUGAAAUUCUUAAUAAUAUGAGUUCCUUUAUUUUUAAGGAUGAAGAGGAAGUUAUGAAGGUCAUACAAUUAAGUUAUGACCAUUUAUCAGAUCAUCUAAAGCCGUGCUUUCUGUACCUUGCAAGUUAUCCAAAGGACGAAGAUAUUGAGUUCUCUCAGUUGAAAGAUUUAUGGAGUAGUGAGGGACUUGUGGAACAAACUGAUUUGAAGAGUGUAGAAGAAGUAACGGAGGUUUUUGUGGAUGAGUUAAUUGCUAGUAGCUUGGUAAUAGUGAGAGGUCGUAGGAAACAGAGAUGUCAAAUUCAUGAUCUUGUGCAUGAUUUUUGUUCGAUAAAAGCUAGAACGGAAAAGUUAUUUGACUUGACGAGUUCAAUUGUUCUGUCUUCCUCCUCUUCUUCAGAUCUGAGGCAGCGUAGCCGGACCCUUAUUAUUGAUGUGGACCCUCAUUCCAAUGAUGAAGACCUUCAUUCAGGAUAUACUUCUUCCUUGUUCAAUCCAGAAAAGAGAAAUCCUUAUGUCAAACACCUCCUCUCUUUGCAACUUGAAUGCUCCUAUCUUCCCCCCAUCUGUCACGUAAGACACUUGAGGCUUCUUAAAAGGUUGGAGCUGUUGUGUAUGAUUUUGCGAGAUACUUUUUUGAAUGAAAUAGGCAUGCUUGUUCAUUUGAGGUGCUUAAGAAUUAUGAUUCAGGCAGAAGCUCUCCCUCCGUCAUUUUCAAACCUCUGCAAUCUAGAAACUCUGGUGGUGGUUAAUUUUCGACCAGACUUGGUAUUAUCCCCUACUAUCUGGAGUCUUGCAAAGCUACGACAUGUGAAGAUCAAUAGUAUUUGUUCUGUCUUUAAUUCGGAUAUUGACAAACCAACAGAGUUAGAGAAUCUAACAAUAUUAGACCGUCUCAAGCUUUCCUGUUUGGUAGACUCGGAGAAUAUUUUCAAACGGUUUCCCAAUCUUCGAACCCUUGGAUUCCAACUGGAUUGUUCAGUGGCAGAGCAAAUUUAUUUUCCAAGGUUGGAUGUCCUUAACAAACUUGAAAAGGUGUGUGCAAGUUUUGAGUGCUGUUGGGAUACACGUGUACAUCAGUUUGAUUUUCACUUCCCUUCGAGUUUGAAAGAAGUGGAAAUGGAUGGGUUCAAUCUGACAUCAGAUGCACUGUCAGGAAUUGGGAGAUCACUACCCAACCUUCAAAAGCUGGAACUAGUAGGCACAAUCAUCCAGGGUGGAAAAGAAUGGAACAUGGAACAAGUCACCUUCCACAAUCUCAAAUCUCUAAAAUUGUUUAAUGUGUUUUUUUCUGAAUGGCAAGUUACUGCAGAUGAAUCUUUUCCCGUGCUCGAGGAAUUAGAAAUACGAUUUUGUAUUGAGCUUGUAGAGAUCCCACUGAGUUUUGGAGAUAUUGCUUCAUUAAAGUCCAUCUCAUUGGAGAGAAGUCCUCAGCUUAAGGAGUCGGCACGCAACAUUAAGAAAUAUGUUGAAGAAAUUAAUGGUGAAGACAAGCUUAAAGUGAAGUACCAAAGCUGGACAUAAAUUUUUCAUUUCGUCUUUGAAUUUUUAAUCACUUAAAUCUCAAUCAUUAGUUUUAAAGUAUGACAUGUGUCUUCUAUUCAAAGUUAGGACUUGGGAAAAAUGAAGAGAUUGGAAAUAGAAAGGAGUCGUAUCCAUCACUUAUGUAGUUAAAUCUUAAGAAUAGUUUUUUUUUUUCAACUUUUUUUUUUUAGUUUUUUAGAGCGAUUUU